CAAUUAAUAAUGGAAGACAUAGUUGAUGGAUCAGUUGACUACAACGGCCGGCCUAUCAACCGGUCAAGCUCCGGAGGAUGGAGGUCGGCAUCUUUCAUUAUAGCUGUGGAGGUGGCGGAGAGGUUUGCUUAUUUUGGGAUAUCUUGCAAUCUGAUAACCUACUUAACCACUUAUCUUGGGCAAUCCACCGCGACUGCGGCGGAGAACGUGAAUAUAUGGUCAGGCACGUCCACCCUGUUGCCGCUUGUAGGAGCGGUUGUUGCUGAUUCCUUUCUUGGACGCUAUUGCACUAUUAUUCUUGCUUCUUUUGUUUAUAUAUUGGGACUCAGUUUAUUGACACUGUCAGCUGCCUUAACCUCUCAAAACAUUACCAAAUGCAGGAAUUCCGAAAACAAAACAUCAUGUGAACCUCCUCGGUACCAAGUAAUGUUGUUCUUCCUCUCUUUAUAUUUAGUAGCAGUUGGUCAGGGUGGACACAAACCUAAUGUUCAAGCUUUUGGAGCCGAUCAAUUUGAUGGCAAACAUCCCAAGGAAAAAAUAGCAAAAAAUUCAUUUUUCAAUUGGUGGCUUUUUAGCUUAUCUUUUGGCAUUGCCUUCACGUUUAUUGCUCUUGUGUACAUUCAAGAAAAUCUGAAUUGGGUUCUUGGAUUUGGUAUUCCGUGUAUUGCUUUGCUAGCUGCAUUGCUUAUUUUCUUGAUUGGAAGCAGAACUUAUAGGUAUAGUGAUAAGAAAAAUAUCAAGAAUCCAUUUACUUGUGCCGGUCAUGUAAUUAGUAGAGCCAUCGGAAAUUGUCGAAAAGCUUGGAAGAAUUCUUCACGUAUUGCUAGAGAGACGGAGGAGGGAGCUUUCUUAAUUGAUCAAUCUGAGCUUUUCAAAUUUGAGAACGAAGCACAAGUGCAAAUAGGAGAUGGUGCAAUGAAAGAUGAAGCAAGGGCAUUAUUGAGGCUUAUUCCAAUAUGGGUUACUAGUUUACCCUAUGCAAUUGUAUUUGCACAAAUCGGAACUUUCUUCACAAAGCAAGGACUCACAAUGGACACCACAUUUUUUCCAGGCUUCCAAAUUCCGCCUGCUUCACUUCAAUCCUUCGUCACCUUUCCAAUUAUUAUUCUCAUUCCAAUUUACGACCGUAUUUUCCUCCCUCUCGCAAGAUUUUUAUCCGGAAAUCGACAUGGAAUCACAAUGCUCCAACGAGCCGGAACUGGGAUGAUUAUUUCUACGUCUUCGAUGGUAAUCGCAUCGCUGAUCGAGCAAAAAAGGCUUAAAACCGCUCGAGAUUACGGGUUGGUGGAUCUUCCGAACACAAAGAUUCCGAUGAGUAUAUGGUGGCUAGUUCCUCAGUAUGUGCUAUGUGGUGUUUCAGAUGUGUUUACAAUUGUUGGCCUUCAGGAAUUUUUCUAUGAUCAAGUUGGUGAUGAUUUAAGAAGUGUGGGGCUUUCACUGUUCUUCAGUGUGAUGGGUGUUGGCCACUUUUUGAGUAGUUUUCUUGUGCGUGUCAUUGAUAGAGUCACAGAUAGAGACGGGCUAGAGAGCUGGUUUUCGAACAAUCUGAAUAGGGCACAUCUUGAUUAUUUCUAUUGCCUGCUUGCUAUACUUAAUGCACUUGGAUUCUUUGCUUUUCUGAUUUUUGCUAGAUUUUACAUUUAUAGGAGGGAAGUAGACGGAUCGGUGGACUACAAAGGCCGUCCGGUUUACCGAUCAAGCUCCGGCGGAUGGAGAUCAGCAUCUUUCCUAAUAGCUGUGGAAGUAGCAGAGAGAUUUGCAUAUUUCGGUAUAUCUGCCAAUCUGAUAACCUACUUGACGGGUUCGCUCGGGCAAUCGACGGCGAGGGCGGCGGUGAAUGUGAAUACAUGGUCCGGCACAGCCACUCUUUUGCCGCUUUUAGGAGGUGUUGUUGCUGAUUCUUUUCUCGGCCGAUACUUCACCAUCAUUUUUGCUUCUCUUAUUUACAUCUUGGGACUAGGCUUGUUGACUAUAUCAGCUGCUUUAACUACGGACUGUAACACAAACAAUAGUAGCACAUCGUGUGGUCCUCCUCGAUAUCAAGUAGGGUUGUUCUUUUUCUCUCUGUAUUUAGUUGCUGUCGGUCAAGGCGGACACAAGCCGUGUGUUAUAGCUUUCGGAGCUGAUCAAUUUGAUGCCAAACAUCCAAAGGAAAGUAUAGCAAAGAGCUCGUAUUUCAAUUGGUGCUAUUUUACCAUUUCUGUUGGCAUUACAGCAACAAUGAUGGUGGUAGUCUACAUUCAAGAAAACUUUAAUUGGGUUCUUGGAUUUGGAAUCCCCUGCAUUUUCAUGUUAGCUGCAUUACUUUUAUUCUUGCUUGGAAGUAUGAAUUAUAGAUAUAGCGUCAAACGAAAUGAGAAAAACCCAUUUACACGUAUCGGACAGGUAAUUGUCCGAUCAAUUGGGAAUCGACGAAAGACAUCUUCAAGCACAGCUUCAGAGGAGGAAAUUUACGUGUAUGAGCAAACGUCCGAAAGAUUAAAGUUUCUGAACAAAGCACUCAUAUCAUCAGAUGAUUCUACGAAAGAUUCUGAAGUAUGCAGUGUUAGAGAUGUUGAAGAAACAAAAGCAUUGCUGAGGCUCAUUCCGAUAUGGAUUACGAGUUUACCAUAUGCAAUUGUGUUUGCACAAACCACAACUUUCUUCACAAAACAAGGGGUCACAAUGGACAGAACAACAUUUCAAGGUUUCAAAAUUCCAGCUGCUUCACUUCAAUCCUUCAUUGGUUUCUCUAUUAUAACUUUUAUUCCAAUCUACGAUUGCAUAUUCGUGCCUUUUGCGAGAUUCUUGACUAAGAAUCCCUCCGGAAUAACAAUGCUUCAAAGAAUUGGAACUGGGAUGUUCAUAUCCACUCUUUCAGUGAUAACCGCAGCUUUAACCGAGCAAAAGAGACUCCACACUGCAAAGGAAUACAGAAUGGUUGAUCAACCGAACGCGAUAGUUCCAAUGAGUAUUUGGUGGUUGGUUCCUCAGUACGCAUUAUGCGGUGCAGCAGACGUGUUUACAAUCGUUGGCCUUCAAGAAUUUUUCUAUGAUCAAGUACCUGAAGAGCUCAGAAGUGUAGGGCUUUCGCUCUAUCUGAGUGUGAUAGGUGUUGGAAGCUUUAUUAGUAGCUUUCUUGUGUCGAUCAUUGACAAAGCAACGGAGAGAGAUGGAGAGGAGAGCUGGUUUUCGGAUGAUCUGAAUAAGGCACAUCUGGAUCGUUUCUAUUGGUUACUUGCUGCAUUAAGUGCAUUAGGGUUCAUUGUGUUCUUAUGUUUUGGUAGAUCAUACAUUUAUAGGAGGACGAAUUGAAUUUAGAAAUCCUUCUUGUACGUACAUUAUAUCAUUUUGUAACUUGAAUUUGUUUGAAAAUUGGAAUUUCACAGAAAUGAAUGGUCGAAUUCAUAAUC